AUGUUACGAACCCGAACGUUCGAAGUUCGGAUUCAAGCAAAGUUCGAUGUUCGAGUUCGAGUUGGACUUCGAACAUGUUCGAACCUUCGAGGUCGAAUUCAAGUUCGACAUCAAAUAUUUAACAAACCAAAUUAUACACCUGGUAAUAGUCGUUAUAAUCCAGUUGAAAGAUCAAUGUCACUAUUAUCGAAUUGGCUUGUUGGACUUACAUUGAAAAGGGAAUAUAAUUCAAAUGCCAGCAAACCACAUAAUCUUGACGAUGCACUUAUCUGCUUAUAUUCUUAUUGGGACAAAAGAAAAUACGAUGGUUUUCAAUAG